AUGUUUAAUUUUGUACGAAAUUGGUUGUUUCUUAAUGAAACCGAUACAUUGCCAAUAUGGAGUUGUGGUAAAAGUCCAGUAGCCAAUGGCGUUGCGCGUAUUAUUGGUGGCCAGAACGCAGUUCGUAAUUCAUAUCCGUGGAUGGUUUUAUUAGAAACAGAGUUUUCCACUGAUUUGUACAAAUGUGGGGGAGUACUUCUUAGCCAGCUUCAUGUUCUUACUGCUGCUCAUUGUAUGAUCGAUGAUGGAAAUCCACAGAAUGUAACUGUAUUUGCUGGUAUUCAUCAUCGUGAAGAUAGCAAGUAUAGAGUACUUGCCAGGACUAUUACGAUUCAUCCCUGGUACGACAAAAAUACAUUUGCCAAUGACAUCGCCAUUGUAACACUUCGCUCUGCAUUGCCUUCGAACGAUUCACGCAUCGGCACGAUUUGUUUACCGUCUGAUAAUCCUCUGCUACCGAAUCGGGAUGCAGUUGCAAUCGGCUGGGGAUGUACUACCUAUGAUGGUGACUCAUCAGAAAUACUCAAAGAAGUUACUUUGAGGAUACUUGAUGCAAGCAUACAGGAAUGCAGACAAGAGAAGUUGUUUCCAGCAAGAAAGAUCUGUGCAGGAGAACUUGGAGGUGGUCGUGAUACGUGCCAAGGCGACUCAGGUGGACCACUCAUGAUUCGAAAUGCUGAUGGCCGUUGGGAGGUAAUUGGCAUCACCUCAUACGGUAAUAUAGGGUAA